AUGCGGUGUGUCUUACGGCGGAGGGUCGACUCCAGCCCUAACCGCGCUCUGCUUAGCGGUGGGGGUGACAGAGGCCCUUCGCACCGUGGAUCUGAGGGCGAGGGACGUGGAUCUGAGCCGUUGACGUGCUCCUGGGGCCUCCCCUUCCCUCGGCCCCUGCCUACCCAUCCCAGCCCAAAGUUGGGCCUCCUCUCCUCUCUUACUCCACUUCCUCCCGGGGUUGGGCGUCAGAGACAGGAUGGCAGCCCGUCCGUUGGCUCUCUUUUGCCCCCUCGUGGAUCUGGACAGCUCGACCAGCGGGUGCCUCGAAAACAGCUAAGCUUGUGGUUCUCCAAGUGUGGUCUCCAGACCAUCGGCAUCACCUGGGAACUUGCUGGAAAGCAAAGGAAGCAAAUCUGCGGACUACCACCUGGGGGCAGCACAGGACCACUAGUAAGCAUGGGCCACUCGAAGCACCCACAAAUGCAAAGGCCUUUCAUGACCCUUUUUGCCUCCCGUCUGGCCCCAAACCCCUCUGCUCUCCCCACAGCGCUUGAGGGACCUCUUGAGACCCCAAACCCGAUUGCGUUACUGGUUCAGAAAUCUCCAGCGGCUCCCGACGGCGAGAAAGACGGUCCCUGCCGCAUCUCCUGCCUCCUGCAUCUUGCGAGUCCUCGCGUACUCUUUGUACCUUCCCUGGGUUUGAAUUUCAUCUCUGCCGCGUGCCCUCUAGAUGUGAUCUGGGCAAAAAUACAUCAUUCGGAGCCUCGGUUUCCUCAUCCCUGA